AUGCCGAACGGACACCCAUCAGUGGAAAGUGCGGAUGGGAGCUCCAGCUCCGCGUCUGUGUCCGGGGGGAGCUCGACAGAAGAAGAAGAAGAAGUAGAAGUAAUAGAAAAUCCCCCUGACCGUGCGGCGGCCAACGCAAGUGCAAGGCCGCCGGAGCCACGCGGUAGCCCGCCGAAGAGCAGGGGACACGAUAGCCCAGAUGAGGGCUGGGAGCGGCCCGGCAAAGGCAGCGGGAAGCACACCAAGGGCCGCGGCAAAAGUGAGAGCAAGUGUGGCUUCUGCUGGAAAAGGGUCAAAGGUGGUCCUGCUGCCAUGAAGCAACACGAAUGGUGGAGUGAGACGUGCCUGGCCUGGCAGUUCCAUCGUUCCGGAUAUGAGUGGCAUAAGGCAAAGCGCAUGGCUGCAGCUUUGAAGCGCCAGCGCAUGGAAGAGGGUUCGGAUUCAUUUGCAGAUGAGCCGGAGCCACCACGCGGAAGGGAUAGGGAGAAAAAGACGAAAAAAGAAAGCCGCGUGGACAAGAGCUGGAUCCCAGGUCCUUUUGCGCACAGCAAGAGACGCCAAAAGGACACGGUCAAGGGUGAGAAGAAAAAGACGAAAAAGUCUUUCAAGGAAAAGAAGGAGAAGAAGAAAGGACGCAAAGCGUCGGCCACCUCCAGCCGCAGCCCUGUCCGUGACAAGCGCCGUCGUCCGCCGAGCAGUGACAGCACUGAUGGGCCCAAGAAAAAGGGUCGAGAUGGCGCUGCAAAGCGCAAUGCACCGCGCACUCUGGGAUUGCUGGCCGUUGCGGAAGCAAUGGCAAAUGUCUCUGCUGAUAGCGAGGAGCAUCACAGUGACAUUUGGAACGGUGUGAAAGAAAUGCUAUACCACACCGCGGCGUUUGUGGAUGCAGCCGGUACUGAAGAAGAUGCCGUGGCUGUGUAUCGCUUCCGUUCACUGCUGAAGGCCGCGUCAACUUGCAACGACGAGCGCGCGCUAAAGCUGCCGCAGCAUCCAAAGUAUGCAGACCAGCUCCUAAUUCAAUGCUGGGUUCCGGCUUUUGGAGAUUCCUGGCAGCGUAGUCUCCGGUGGGCGUACGCAUUGGCCACAGAGUUACGCUAUGCUCGCAAGUAUUUGGGAGUACUGGUCUGGCUCUUGUCCCGGGCGCCGGGCAGGACCAGGGAGAACACUUGGGCCAAACUCAGCUACAACUGGCUACUUCAGGCAGAAGCGGCCAUGUUGCAAAAGCGACAAAAUGGCUUGACCGCGUCUUGA